AUGGUAAAAGCACUUAGACCGCCUGAUACUUCUGUCCUUCAGUGCGCCACAUCCCGCGGCCAGAAACUCUCGCAAAGGCGCACUUGGAUCUCCCUUACUCUUCGUUGACCCUGCGGCGGCACUGUCGCACGAGAAUGCUUCAAUGGCUCUCCUCAAAAUCUCUUCCGCCACACGCUUCUACUUCAGUUCCCACUCUCCCUCUGUCUCCUGCUCCUGCUCCUGCUCCUCCCCAUUCCCAAGGCAACUCCACCGAAAAUUCAAGCACUGCUUCCUCGCCAGGCCCUAAUAUUGCUCGCGCAUACGACGACGCCGUUCAGGCCAACUCCUACAACGAGAUUCGUUCCGUGAUCCAAGCUCCCCUGCAGGACCACCUACACCUGCACCAACAAAUCCAUGAGGUUGAGGUCAUUGACGAAGAGGACAAAGAAGACUCGCAUCACCGCCACGUGCUCGCCCACGCGCUCCGUCCCGAUCGACAGAGCAUCCGGGAGGCUCUCGCUAACGCCGAAUCCUGCCGCGGCGCCGCCACACUCACUAGACUCGCCUCCGAUUACUUCGACCAUAGCGAGAAAACCUGCGGAAUCUACCUCCUCCUUCACCGCAGCGUCCGCCGCGCACGCGACAUAUACAAGCCUCUCCACGAACUCAUCGCCGUUCUCCCCGACGACGCUUCCGGCUCCUUCAACCGCCAUCUCUGCGACCGCGCUUUCGAUCUCUUCGUCCAAUUCGACAGCCAGGAAAACCCGUUCGUCUUCCCGCACAACUUCUCCGACGUCCGUGACAGCUUAUCCGGCCUCAAGCUCGAGAUUGAACGACGGCGCUUGCGGUGCUAUGCGAGGAUUCGCCUCCUCAAACGGUUCCACACGAGUUGUCUGGCCUGUUUAGUUGUAACCGCCGUGGGAGCAGUGAUCUCGGCCGUGCUGGUCACUGCGCAUGCCGUUGCCGGCUUUGCUGCGGUUGCUGCCUGCGGCGGCUCGUGUCUUCCAAAGAAGAAGGUAAAGAAGGAACUUACAAGGUUGAAUCAGCUGAAUGCUGCAUCAAAGGGUACUCUUGUGAUGAAUGACAUUGACACUGUGAAUAGCCUUGUUGAUCGGUUGCAAACUGCGGUGGAGGGAGACCGGGUGCUGAUUCAGUUCGCGCUGAACCGGGGGAGGGAGAGGCAUCCCAUUCAGGAGGUUCUGAAGCAGCUCCGCAAGAACCAGCAGAGUUUUGAACCGCUGCUUGCGGAACUCGAGUUCUAGAUACUGGAGCUCCCAAUCUCAGGAUGAUGAGGGGGGUUAGAACAGAUCUUGGCAGCAUGGAGACAAACAUUGAGCUGCCAAAAAUGUAAGGAGGAAGAUGAAUCACAUCAGUUUUGGUGCAUGAAGUUGACAAAUAAUGGAGGACAAAAAUCUAGUUGUUUUGAAGGUUGGGUAAACCGUGAAGAAACAUGAAGGGAAGCCAUUUCUAAAUCAGCAUGGGAGUUUCAGAAAGAUUGAACUUUUUGAAAUCAAUGGGCCAAUUCCAUCUCAGUGUAGAAAAUUAUGGAAUGGAAAGGUUUGGAUCAUUGUUGAGGUACAUGGAUAGGGAACUGGAUUCAGUUAGCAUGUAAAUUUGGAGAGAAAGGGAUUUAGGCAAUUGGACAAUCAAGAAAAGAAUAGGAGAGUUGAGAGUUCUCCCAAUUAUCUUUUGUAGUUUCAGAUUCUUGAAGCACGUUGACCAAGAACCAUCCAUGAAUAGCACUUCUCCAUUUGUCAAGGAGAUAGUGUGUGUGCUCGCGCACACGUUUUAUGUUUAUUGCAACCCCAUGCAGUUUCUAAAUCAACACCACAA